GGACUUCGAUAAAAAGAAGCGCCAAGGUGCGGCGCGGGUUUUGAAAUUUCGAAUUCAGGUGGGUUUGGAUGUAACUGUGCAUUAGGUUUUUCGGAAUACCACUGCUCACAUUAUCAGCUUCAGCAGUAUAUUGUUGUAUUUUUGUAACUUACUUUAUUGCUGUAACCGCUACUACUUACCUAAUGCUGCUUUGCGUGACAUAGCGACAUUGGGUCCUUAUAAAAUGUAUGAUAUUGUUAAUGUAUGGGAAUCUAUAGGCAAUAAGAAUAAAAAUAUCACAUUGUCGCAUUCACAAUGUUGGUUGCGUAUCCUAUUUUAUCAUUGAUUUAUGACACAAUCACUACUAAUUAGGUCAGUAAGUCGUGCAUUUGCAUAGCGAAACAGAGGAUUCAGAAUCUUCAAGCUGCCCAAAAAUUUGAUAUAAAGAUGUAGUGCUGCAUAGUCUUACACAGCUUGUUAAUUUCCGAUUCCUCAAUGUUAGUGGAUUUCAAAUAAUUGGCGGCUUAGAAUUAAACUGCAAGUUUAACAAUCUUUGUAGCUUCAUCUCCACUUCCCCUUAUAAAACAUUUGAAUUUUUUACCCUUGCGAAUCUGUUGUUAUGUAACAGUAUUACUGCCUGUAAAUUUGGGACGUUUUAGGUUGUCGCGGAGCGCCAUCUGUUGAACGUCAGAGGAAGAUCGGAUAAAUGGUUGAAGUCGGUCAGGAAUUUCAUCUCACAGGUAACAAUACAGAAAUACAAUCUACACCCACAAGUGGAAAACGAAAAUCAUCCAGUCGAUUGAGUUUGUUUCAUUCAACAGCGAGGAAAUCACGUGCCUCUUGUUCUGAACUAAAUUUAUCCACUUCCAAUGGUCCAUGUGCUGCACGAACUAAUGCGUCUCCAUCAGAUCUGCAAGAAACACCAUUACGCGUUAAGCUUGAAAAAAGACAACAUCGCAUUUUCGAAUUUUUUGUUACAGAACGAAAUUAUGUGGAGAUUUUACGUUACUUAUGUCAAACUGCCUACCCGGUAAAUGUGGUUAUGCCAUUUUCGAUUUCAAUUUUAAUAAUAUGUGUUAAAUUCCAUUCAGAUAUAUUCAGCUUACAGUAAUUAAAAAAAUGUUUUUGUGUUAUUCAUAGCAAGUUAUCGAUGAAAAUCAACCAAAUGGACCUAUUUUGCCUCGACAAGAAGCUGAUUUUAUAUUCGGUAAACUUAGUGCCAUUUAUGAACUGCAUGAACGUUUGCAACCUCAAUUUAAUGAACUGGAAAAUAAUUGGUCAUCCGAGAGUUGUUUGGGUGAUGUUCUUCAAACUAGCUUAUUGACUGAAAUGGAUAAAAUCUACGGUAAUUAUAUGCAAUUUUAUAGUCCACCACACUUACAUCAUCUCGGUGAACAGUAUCCCCGCUUUCAGGCAUUCAUGCGCCAAGUUGAGAAACGUAAAGAGUCUGGUCGCCAGAGUUUAGCAGCCUUAUUAGUUCGUCCAGUACAACGGCUUCCUUCAAUCUCACUUCUUAUGGACGGUAUAGCGAAGUUUACGCCGAAGACACAUCCAGAUUUUAAUGCAGUUAAACAGUUUUCUAAAGGAGUUAACGAACUGUUGGCUAAAAUCAAUGACCGACUGAGGAAAAACGAAGAGCGCCUUUCCCUUUUAUCCUUAUAUCACGAGAUUAGUGGUGCCCCGCCUGAGAUGUUAUCAUCUUCACGAAGUUUGGUGGCAAAACUUAAUGUGUUCGAGUUAGGUGUAAGCGCCUCUGGCAAUACUACCUGUGAACCUGUCACACUUUUCCUAUUGUCUGAUAGUCUAGAAGUAGCCCGACCGCGAAAACGAUUCACUGGUGAACCUCUUGCACACGCAAUUCGAGCUGCAUUGGCUGCAGUACAAGGUGAGGGGAUAGAACAUAACUUCGAGGGUAAUCAUGACCUGAUUUCACUAAACCGUGGGGAUUCUUCAUCAAACAGCACUCCACGUGGAGGUUCCGUCACUCGAAAUGGUUCUGGAGCCUCCGGAACGAGUGUGGUCAAUCUUGGCCUUAUGGAAGGUAAACAAAGAUGCUGUUAUAAGCAUUUACAUUUAUUGAAGUUAGAAGAAAUAAAACAGGUGGUAAAUUUUGAUACUGCCUCUCCGGACCGAGCUGCGUUUGGUGUGGUUGUACGUUCCAGUUCAGAGGUUGAUGAUCGUGUUCAUGCUUAUUGUUUAGCUGCUAGUUUUGCAGCUUCAGCUGCUGUUGUCAAUGGUAAAUGUCCAGAGCCUGUUGAAUCGGCAGUUGUGGCUGCUACAGCAUCAGGGCAAAUUUCCAACCAAGUUAAUAUGGACAAUUCAUCACUGAAUUUAUCCGUCUCCAAUACGAAUAAUUCACAUGUAGCAAUGCUACAAGCAUGUGUUGGUGAAGCCAAACGAGUUUUUCUUCACCGAUUGUGUCAUCAUAUUUGCCAAGUUUCAUGCAUAGCAAAGAAUCCAGAAGAAAUACUAGUAGAUGUGGAACCAGUUGAGUUACUUGGUUUUGACUUAGAACAACUGUUCAAUGCAACUGCUGUGGCUUUGUCGUCUAAAAGAAUAACCCGUCAGUUAACUCGCAACAUAUCUAUAAAAACGCCACGUCGCCUGGCUGUCUCCACUAAACGUCACUUCGGUGCACAAGCUCAACAAUGUACAUCAUCUCACAGACUACCAUCUUCUAGUGAGGUAGAUGAAAAUCAACCCAACGACACACACCUUAUGCCAAGUCCAAGACGUUCAAUGCUUGGAUCGUUUUUGGGGACCUCAUGCACAUCUUUGAGCAAUUUUCUCAACACAGCAUUGAGAAAUAACAAUAGCAAUAAUAAUCAUCGAAAUCGUACGAUGCUGCCCCCUAGUCAUCUGCCUGUGACACCUAAAGCACUUAGACGUCUUCUACCACACUCUUCUAGACAAGAACCAUUUGAUGAUGGUCUUGAGUUAGAUGAUGAUGACGACGAAAUAGGAUUUUCUGUACUUGGAAGCUCUAUGCUUAGCUUAACAAGCUUAGACAGUCUAUCAACACUGGAUAAUCCUCUUCACCGUGUUGACGUAAUCCCCAAUCGCAACACAGCGAAUCUCAGGUGUCGAGCUGGAAGUGCCGUAUGGGAAUCAGUUAGUCAUCUAGGAUUCAGUACUUCGGAUGAUGUUCGUCACUCUUUCAGAUCACCAUCAGGAUCAUUUCUUGGUGGCUUAGAUGAAGCAUGUUCUAAAAAGCAUGGCAAAAAGCAAAAAAAGCCAAAACUUCGUGGCGUAAGUCAAAUGUUUCAACGAUCUUCGAUUAUUGCCAAAACAAAAGAAUCAAGAAAAGUAAACAAUAAUGAUACAGUUGAUAGUGAGCAUGAUCCUCAAACUCCCUUACCAACUUCUCGUAGGGACAGUUUACUUCGUGGUCUAUUUUUCAGAAAAAACUGAUUUAACAUAUUUAUAUAUGGGAUGUUUUUUUCCCCAUCAGUAGGCUGAGCGAGCCUGUAUGCCCCCCCAUGAACUUUCAUAUCAUCAACAGUGUAGAUUUUUUUUCUCGUAUAAGCUCUUCAAUAUUUCCAUUCUAUUAGAUUUCCUAGAUAUGUGUACAAUCGUCUAGUAAACGCCUAUUCUUGAUAAUCGGUUUUUAACUUUUUACUUUUAAUUGGAGUUCUGUUACUUCUUUAUAACAGUUUCGCAUAGUGCUGAUGUAAGUUCUAUUCAAUAGUACAGAUUAAAUUUAAAAAGUUAUUUAUAUGAGAUUGAACAGAUUAACUGUUACUGCUUAUAGAUUCUUUUCAGCUACUUUGAGGUAUAAAAAUACUAAGCUCAACAUA